GACAAAUUCACACUGCAUUUUUUGCUGUUGCGUCCUCAUUCGAUUGAGUCACAAUGCCUGUGGAUAUAAAUGAAUGGUCUGGUUCUUUAGCACUUACAGAGGUGGAGGAAAAACCAGGCAAGCCUCUAAUUGUCAAAUAUGGCCCUCUGGAGAUUGACGCUCUGGGGAAAGUGCUCACUCCCACUCAGGUGCAAAACCGCCCCACAUCCGUUGAGUGGGAGGGAUGUGACCCCAGUAAGCUGUACACCUUGGCCCUGACUGAUCCAGAUGCACCCAGCCGAAAAGACCCUAAAUUUCGGGAGUGGCACCACUUCCUUGUCGUCAACAUGAAAGGAAACGACAUCUCCAGUGGAUGUGUUAUGUCUGACUAUGUUGGUUCAGGACCCCCAAAGGGAACGGGUCUCCAUCGAUACGUUUGGCUGGUUUACGAACAGUCAGGCAGCAUUAGCUGUACUGAAGCGGUCCUUACCAAUCGGUCUGGGGACCACCGUGGAAAAUUCAAGAUACAGAAUUUCCGGAAGAAGUACAGCCUCGGCGCCCCAGUCGCAGGGUCUUGCUAUCAAGCAGAGUGGGACGACUACGUGCCCAAACUAUAUGAACAGCUGUCUGGCAAAUAGGCACUAUUUGAAGCUCGGUUUAUGGCUCGGUUCAGUGUUUAAUUUGCCUUUUCAAGAGAUGAACUAAAUAAAAUAAAAACUUAGUUGUUUGCUUUGAGAAGUUGUGUAGAAAUGUGUCAGGGCAUCUUUUGUAAUGGCUAAAUUCAAAUGAAGCAGACUUUGCCUUCAUUUAACCUCAGUUUAAAUGGCUGACAAAUAGGUUAUACACUUUGCACCUUUAAUGCAAAAACAUUUAAGUCUAAUUUGGGUUUAUGGCUGCACCUUUAAUUUUAUGUUCUCGCUAAUGAAUAUGAUUUGAGAAAAUAAAACCAGACUAUGGAAAGAC